CGCCUGAUUCGCACUGCGCAUGCGCCGACUUUCACUUGCCAUUGGAUAGCUCCCGUUUUAAUCUUCCGGGAAUGCGAUUAGAAAUAAACAAUUAUUUAAUUGAGACUUCCGGAGUUUAAAUUUAAAUAAUCACUCAAACGGAAUAAAACGUCUUUUUCAAUAUAUCUGUAUUUUGUUAUUGAGCGCGCAUGUAGGAGUUGUAGACAGUGUGCAGAAGAAGAAGAAGAAGAAGAAGAAGAAGAGGAAACUUGGGGUUUUGUUCUAAGAAACAGUGAAGAACCUUCUGGCUCUAUGAUGGAGCAGCUGUUGAAGAGAGAGUUGGGCUGCAGCACGGUGAAGGCUGUAGGUUUGUCCGGGGGAGGAUGCAUCAGUGAGGGCCAGAGCUACUGCACAGACUCCGGUACUGUGUUCGCCAAGAUCAACCACAAGAGCCAGGCCAGGUGCAUGUUUGAAGGUGAGAAGGCCAGUUUGGAGGCGAUCCUUUCCACCAACACGAUCCGUGUGCCGAGACCAAAGAAGGUGGUGGAUCUGGAAGCAGGAGGAGCAGUGUUCAUCAUGGAGCACGUAGACAUGAAAUCCUUAAACAGGAACUCGGCUAAGUUGGGGGAGAAGCUAGCGGACCUGCACCUCCACAACAAAAGACAGAAAGAUAAGCAGAACAAGGAGCAGCAAACUGUUGGAAAAGGAAGCGGCCAAGCUGAAGUUCCGGUUAUUGACAAGUUUGGGUUCCACAUUAAAACCUGUUGUGGCUACAUACCUCAGGUGAACGACUGGCAGGACGACUGGGUCUCCUUUUACGCCCAGCAAAGGCUUGAGCACCAGCUGGGAUUAGUGGAGCAGUCGUACGGAGACAGAGAGGCCAGGGAAUUAUGGGCCAGCCUCCAGCUGAAAAUCCCUCAGCUGUUUGCAGGCGUGGAGGUCGACCCGGCGCUCCUUCACGGAGACCUGUGGAGCGGAAACGUCGCCGAGUUCUCCGACGGCCCGAUCAUCUUCGACCCCGCCUCGUUUUACGGCCACUCCGAGUACGAGCUCGGGAUCGCCGGGAUGUUCGGCGGCUUCGGGAAACACUUCUACAACGCCUACCACGAGAACAUCCCCAAAGCCCCGGGGUUCGACAAGAGACAUCAGCUGUACCAGCUGUUCCACUACCUGAACCACUGGAACCACUUCGGGGCCGGAUACCGCGGCUCGUCUCUGCGGAUCAUGAAGGAGCUUUCGAAGUAGAAACCGUGAAAUGUUUCAGUUGCGAUUCUGAUUUCUGAAUGAGAUUUUUUUGUUUCCCCUUUCACUCAUAGUGGGUUGGAUUAAUAUCUAGCGGAUGCUAGGCGCUCGAUCGCUCUGACGAUUAAAGAUUAAAAGUAAAUAUUAAAAACCUGCUGUUACCCUGGACACCUGAUAGGAGUCGCUGUAAUCACCUACACCAAUCUUCCUUUAAUUACAAUAUUCAACUCAUUAUAGAAUCUACAAUCGUUUUUUUUUUUUUUUUGUUACCCAUUUAGUGUUACAUUUAAUGCAAUUUGAUUUUGGUUGGGGGUUCGAAACCCAGUAUCACUAAGCUAUCACUUUUGGGGCCCCUGUGCAAGGCCCUUAAGCCGCAUGCUCCAGGGGCUCUGUAUCAUGGCUGACCCUGCGCUCUGUCCCCAACUUUCUAACAUCACUGGGAUAUACGAAGAAAGAUUUUCACUGUUCCUUAAUGUAGAUGUAGCAAGUACUGGUAAAAGCCUCAUGUCACAAGUUCUCACUCGCAUCACGAACGUACGCUGCUACGUUUAACUGCCACGUGAAACUUAAAAUUUUUAUUUACGCAUCACUAGAGUUCUCAUUUCAACGUACUGUAGAACACUUCGGUCUGUUAUUCACAAUGGUCGUCAAGCUGUGACGCUUCGCUAAGCGUUCCCGCCACGUACCGAAUCCGACACGUGUCUUGUGUCUCAUACACUUCCGCAUCAUUUCAAAUCGAACCCGAUUACAGCAUGUGCUCACGAUCCAGAGGUUUCAGCGCUUCCUUUGUUUUAACAGGAUGUUCCUAAAAUGGUCUUGUCUUAAAUUAUAGUAUACAUAAUCAAAUAAAGCUUGUGCUUCACCUCA